ACCACUCACUCUCUUCUUUUCUCUACAAUUACACUCAACUCAACUUCUUCUUGAUGAGAAUUAUAAAUUAAAUAGUUUAGCAUAAAGUUAUAAAUUAGUAGAAUAUAUAUUAGUCCAUCAACAACCAUGCCAGUAAUCAACAUAACUUCCAUCAGAACAUCAUCAAAUGGAGCCUGGCAAGGUGAUAAUCCCCUGGACCAUGCCUUCCCAUUACUAAUAGUUCAGACUACCUUAAUCGUAGUGGUUAGCCGUCUUCUUGCCUUCCUUCUCAAGCCCCUCCGCCAACCCAAAGUCAUUGCUGAAAUAGCUGGUGGGAUUCUGCUUGGACCAUCAGCUAUCGGACGAAACAAAGAGUACUUGAACUGGAUUUUCCCGAAAUGGAGCACACCGAUACUCGAAUCUGUAGCGAGUGUUGGUCUUCUUUUCUUUCUUUUCCUGGUAGGUCUAGAGCUUGAUUUAUCCUCAAUUCGCAGGAGCGGUAAGCGUGCUUUUGGCAUAGCAGUAGCAGGAAUAUCACUCCCAUUUGUCUGUGGCGUAGCUGUAGCAUUUGUCCUUAGAAAAGCAAUUGAAGGAGAAGAUCAAGUUGGUUAUACUCAGUUCUUGGUGUUCAUAGGGGUAGCACUUUCAAUCACAGCAUUUCCUGUUUUAUCCCGCAUUCUUGCAGAGCUCAAGCUACUAACAACUCAAGUAGGGGAGACUGCAAUGGCUGCUGCAGCAUUUAAUGAUGUCACGGCUUGGAUCUUGCUAGCCUUGGCAGUUGCUUUAGCUGGCAAUGGGGCAGAUGGCGAGCACAAAAGUCCCUUGAUAUCAAUAUGGGUUCUUAUUUCAGGUGGUGCCUUUGUUGCAAUCAUGUUAACUGUGAUCCGACCUGCUAUGAAAUGGAUUGCCCGCAGAUGCUCCUCGAAAAAUAAUAUGAUAGAUGAAGCUUAUAUAUGCUUCACAUUGACCGGGGUUCUGGUGUCAGGAUUCAUUACUGACCUUAUAGGAAUUCAUUCUAUUUUUGGUGCCUUUGUUUUUGGACUCACUAUCCCUAAAGGAGGUGUGUUUGCAGAGAGAUUGAUAGAGAGGAUUGAGGAUUUUGUUUCGGCUUUGCUUCUCCCGCUUUACUUCGCUUCUAGUGGUUUGAAGACUGAUGUGGCUACAAUUCGUAAUGGAAGGUCCUGGGGGCUUUUGGUGCUGGUUAUAACUACAGCUUGUGCAGGGAAGAUUAUUGGCACCUUUGUAGUGGCGAUGAUGUUUAUGAUUCCAGCAAGAGAGUCUUUGACGCUUGGUGUGCUGAUGAACACCAAAGGAUUGGUGGAACUCAUCGUCCUUGACAUUGGCAAGGAGAAAAGGGUCCUUAAUGAUGAGAGCUUCGCAAUCCUUGUUCUCAUGGCACUCUUUACCACCUUCAUCACCACCCCAACCGUCAUGGCUAUCUACAAACCCGCCCGUGGUGGCUCCUCCACUAGCUCCCACCGCAAGCUAGGUGACCUGACCACCACAAAAGGCACAAAGGACGAGCUACGUAUCCUUGCUUGUGCUCAUGGAUCUGAAAAUGUACCUCCACUUGUUAGUCUCAUUGAGUCAAUAAGGAGCACUAAAAAAUCCCAACUCAAACUCUAUAUCAUGCAUCUGGUGGAGCUUACUGAGCGAUCAUCAUCAAUCAUCAUGGUCCAAAGGGUCCGUAAAAAUGGACUUCCAUUUAUUAAUCAAUCUCAGUCUAGUGAAUGGAAUGAUCGAGUCACAGGGGCAUUCCAGGCUUAUAGCCAACUGGGCCGAAUUUCUGUGCGCACCAUGACAUCAAUCUCAAAUUUGACUACCACGCAUGAGGAUAUUUGCCAAGUGGGAGAGAAUAAGAAGGUAACUCUGAUCAUUUUGCCAUUUCAUAAACAAUUGAGGGGAGAGGGUGAUCAGAUCAUGGACAAUGUUGGCCAUGGAUGGAGAGGGGUGAAUCAAAGGGUGCUAAAAAAUGCACCUUGUUCAGUGGCAGUGCUUGUGGAUCGUGGAUUUGGAAAUGACUCUCAGAUUUCAGAGGCUAACACCAAUAUAACCCAAAGGGUCUGCAUCAUGUUUUUUGGUGGACCUGAUGAUCGUGAAGCCUUGGAGUUGAGUGGUAGGAUGGCAGAACACCCAGUGGUUAAAGUUACCACUGUCAGAUUCGUCCAAAAAGAAGGGCAAGAAAAAAACCAUGUUGUGUUACAGCUUUCACCAUCCGAACGUCGUAGUACUGAACUAAGUUACAGCUUCUCCACUGCUAUAAUGAACCCAGAGAAGGAAAAGGACCUGGACGAGACUGCCAUAGCUGAAUUUAAGAGCAAGUGGGAGGGGACAGUAGAGUACACAGAGAAUGUUGUAAGCAACAUUGUUGAGAGAGUGUUAGCAAUAGGAAGGAGUGGGGAUUAUGACCUUAUUUUUGUUGGCAAAGGCAGGUUUCCAUCAACUAUGAUUGCAGAAUUAGCAUACCGCCAAGCUGAACAUGCAGAGUUGGGACCUAUUGGAGACAUAUUGGCCUCAUCAGGGCACGGUGUGGUCUCUUCAGUGCUGGUGAUUCAACAACAUGAUUCAGCUCAUGCAAAGGAGGCUCCAGUGUCGAAGGUGGUGCAUUCCGAGCUCGAGAAGUCAGCCGAAGAGUCAUGGAGUGUGGGAGAGAUUACAAAGGAUGCUGUGUGACCUUAUGGUGAAAUGAACAUAAUAUGCUUUGCAGAUGUAAGAUUUGGCGAGCUGUAAUUAUUUAGAUCUGUGUCCUGCUGUUGGUUCCUUCAACUAGCUAGGUUUCCCUACUAAUAUCCAAAGGUUAAAAAUAAUUAUUAAGGAGUCCAUUAUGAUGAUGGGAUUUGGAAUUUGGAUUGCUCAA